AUGGUAGUAUUGUACGAUCGUGCAUGGUUACAGGAUCUGCGCCUCCACCUUCUUGUGCUGCUCCUAUUUGUCCAGAUCAACCAAGCUGCAGGCGAAGACUUAUUUCAGUAUGUUGUCAGGUUGCUCUCGGCGUUCGAGCAAACGGUAUUCGAGAAAGCUUGCGAGAAGAGUGCGACUCGCAGGCACCGGAGCAGUGAUGGGCCUCGGGAGGAGGACAGAGGUGGUGGUAGCCCGCACGGCAACGCCGCUUCCAAGGCGGAGGAGGUGUCUGAUGCAAUGGUUACUGGCUUCAAAGAUGGCCUGAUCGACUUCGAACACCUAAAGCAGUCGAUUGGAACCUCGUAUUUAAACGAGCAGGCGAACGGGGAUGCUGAUGGGGCGCUGGAGAGGUUAGGAUAUUGCGUCGAGAUAUUCGAGCGGUACCCUGGGGUGUGUCGCUGCAUGUUACAGUGGUGUCACCUUCCGCACGCUGCCGUGGCAGCCCUUGCAGCGAUUGAUGAUUCCAGAGCUCGAGAACUGCACAACCGGUUGCGGGAGGCCUACAAUCCGUCGCGCCCCACUGCCUCUCGGCCAGCGCCACCUUCGGAGGAGUGGCAGGGGCUGUCUGCAUUCUGCGAUGAUUUCCAGUGCAGGUUGUUUGAGGCUAUCGUCGCGAGAAAACCCUUGGGCGCUUUCUCUACCCCACCCGACUGUACCAGCAACUGCGAGGGCUUGCAACAGACUCAUUGCAAGGACGAGGAUUGUCGGUGA